AUGAAAAGCAUCACAGCUUUUACAGCGUUGGUGGCUGCAGUCAAUGCGCAUAUGUUUCUCAGAGAACCCCUGGCUGCAACACCAGCGCCAGACUCCAGUCCAAUAGCCUCGAGUGGAGCAGAUUAUCCUUGUCGAGGAGUUUCGGAUGUCAGCGCUGGGCCUCCAAACAGUCCAGUACCAAUCGGUGGCACUUUUCAGUUGAAACUUCGCGGCAGUGCUACCCAUGGAGGUGGUUCUUGCCAGGUCAGUCUGGCCAAGGGGUGGAAGAACAUCAACAAAGACACCAAAUUCAAAGUCAUCCAUUCGAUACAGGGAGGUUGUCCUGCGUCCGAUCCACUCAACGACAACAUCAGUACAGACGGGGUAAAAGGUCCAAAGAAUCUGGUUGGCGUUCACGAGUAUGGCGUUACAGUCCCGGACCAUCCAGACCUACCACCAGGAGAGUACACCAUGGCGUGGACCUGGCACAAUAGGAUUGGCAACCGAGAGAUGUACAUGAACUGCGCGCAAUUCACGAUUGCAGCAGGCGGUAGUGCUGCUGGUGGUAGUGCUGCUGGUGGUAGUGCCGCCGGUGGCAAUGCAACAAUCGUAGAAUCAUCGAGUGGCGCGACUGGCAAACGUGCAUCACAAAAUCCUCUACCUGAUCUCUUCAAGGCCAACAUCGGGAAUGGUUGCAGUGUCGACCAUGGUGGAGAUGUUGAGUAUCCAUGGCCAGGUGAUUCACUAGAGAUAGGGCCAAAAGCCAAGCUCAUUGAUCCAGCUGGUGGUGCAGCUUGUGGUUCAACCAUUCCUGCAGCAUCGAGUCCAACCAAGACACCAGUUGUUUGUAGCACAGGUUACGACGUCUUGAACGAUGCCACGGUUGGUGGUGGAUCAGGUACCGCUGCCACGUCUGCAGCAGGUGCUGCGGGCGCCGGUGUUGCAGCUGGGUCUGUUGCCACAUCCGCUGCUAUUGGCCUGGCGACCCAAGCAGCCUCGAGCGCCUCAGCUGUUGCAUCUGCUAUUCCCACAGUGGCUAAUGGCUCUGUCCCAUUACCAGGUAAAGCGGCUUCGGGAGCUGGUGCAUGUACAGCAGGAUGGUGGUCUUGUGCAGAGGAUAGUGGCUCAUUCCAGCGAUGUGUCCAUGGAGCUUGGUCAGUCGAUACACCGAUGGCUGCGGGCACCAAAUGUGUUCCGGGCGUUAGUGCAGAGCUUGCCUAUGCCUAA